AAUAAAAUGAUAAUGAACAAUAACAAUAACAAUAAUAAUCAUAAUAAUAAUACUUUUUUAAAAGAUAAUGAAAAACUAUACAAUUUUUUAAAUCAAAAUAAAGAAACAUUAAAAUUUUUAAGAAUCUGUUGGGUUGAUGUUGGUAAUAAAAUUAGAUGCAAAUCUUUAAGUGUAGAAUGGAUAUUAAAGCAUAAACCAGAGGCAAUCCAUGUAACAGUAACAGAUACAUGUAUGUCAUUUAUGGCAUUUCAGGAUAGUAUUGUUAAAGAUGCUUUACCAGAUGGUAAUGUUAUUUUUGGUGAAGUUUAUUUGAUACCUGAUGUAUCGACUAUUACCAUACUACCAUACAAUAAAUCACAUGCUCAGGUAUUUGGUUCAUUCUAUAAGGUCAAUAAAACAACAGGAGAUUUAGAGCCUUGGAAACUAUGUCCAAGAGAAUGUUUAAAAAAAGCUAUUAAAGAACUAUUAAUCACUGCAUCAUUAUCGCUAAAGGGUUCAUUUGAAGAAGAGUUCUAUUUAAUUAAAAAGAAUGAUAAAUUAUCGUCAACUACCAACGAGGAUCAAGAAUUGGAAAAGAUGCUUAAUGAGUCCAGUCAGGUAGACAGGAAUACAUUUGCAAGCUUUCAUUCUCUAGAUAGCCAUAGUGCCAUUUUAAAUGAAAUUUUAGAUAACCUUUCAAAACAAAGUAUACCAGUGGAGCAAAUGUUGUCUGAAAGUGGUCCAGGUCAAUUUGAAAUCACUGUUGACUAUAGUGAUAUAUUAACAGCAUGUGAUAGACAUAUUAUAUUCCGUCAAACUGUUCACUCUGUAGCAUCUUUAAAUGGCUAUAUUGCAACUUUUAUUCCAAAACUUUACGACUAUCAAGCUGGUAAUGGGUGUCAUGCACACUUAUCACUCUGGAAUGCAAAUGAUGACACUAACAUUACACCAGACCCCAAUAGUGAGUGUGGUGUAGGCCUAUUAACCCAAAACUUUAUUGGCGGAAUAUUAGAACAUGCUCAUUCACUAACUGCUCUAUUCAAUGCAACAUCAAAUAGCUAUGAACGAUUGAAACCAUUUUGUUGGAGUGGCUGCUCAAUAGCCUGGGGCCUAGAUAAUAAAGAGGCAUUUGUUAGGGUCCCCUCAAGUCCAUUUUCAAGAUCAUGCACUAAUUUUGAAGUUAAAACUAUUGAUCACUCCUCAAAUCCCUAUUUGGCAAUCUCUGCAAUCAUUUACUCUGGUCUUGAUGGCAUCAACAAACACACUACACCUCCAAAACCAACAUCAUUAAAUCCAUCGACUUUAUCAGAUAAAGAAUGUAAAGAAAUGAAAAUUUCAUUCAUACCAUCCACCAUAACAGAUGCGAUCAACUAUUUAAAAUCAAAUGAUUACCUUUGCAACUCUUUGGGUAAAGAAAUAUCAAAUGCCUAUAUUCAAGUCAAACUAUCUGAAGAAUCCAUUCUAUCAAAACUAUCAAACAAUCAUAAAAAAUUAAAAUUAUUGGAAUUAUACUAAAUAAAUUUCCUUUUUUGUGAUGAACCACACAAAAAAGUUUUAGAAACUUCAU